CGGCGCGCAUCAGCACUGGGAAAUCUGAGAGCCGUGAUCCAGCCUGGGACGAGAGUCUCGUCCUCUUAGCCAGCUGUUUGUUACACGAGGACACUAAAUGAGCCGUGAUGAAUGCCAGACGGAGACAUGGGCCCAGCAGCACCGAUCAGGGCAUCUACUUGGGGCCCAAGCAGAUGUUCUCGCACUCCGCCCCAGCGGCCUCCGUCCCAGGCACCCUUGACCCGGCCAGAUCAUCACUGGAAUCGGCGCCCCCGCAGGCUGUACCCACGUCGCAGAGCCAGCUUGGCCCGCCGGCCAUGGGUGCGUCGUCGGGCCAGGACCGGACUUCGGAAUUCUUGGCAGCCUGCAAGUCCAUGAAGGGCAGACAUAACGGAGCUUAUGUUGACGGUCAGAACAACAGAACUUUAAGACAGAUGAGCGAAUUCAGCUUAAUGGCCAAGCGAAUUGGAAGGGACUUGAGCAACACAUUUGGCAAGCUGGAAAAACUGACGUUUUUGACGAAAAAUAUGUCACUUCAAGAUGAGAAAUCUGGAGAGAUUGGGGAACUCACCUACAUCAUCAAACAGGACAUAAACAGCCUGAACAAGCAGAUCGCACAACUGCAGGCAUUCGUGAGGAGCCGUGGUGCUCAGAAUGGACGGCAUGCCCACUCUCACGCCAGCACGGUGGUCGUGGCACUGCAGUCUCGACUUGCUGGCAUGUCAAAUGAAUUCAAAUCGGUUCUGGAAGUUAGAACGGAGAGCUUGAGGCAGAUGCAGAGGAGGAAAGAGCAGUUUGCCCAGAGUUCCUCAAUGGGCGUUCCAUUCACGCAGGUGACAGGACAUGGCCUGGCUGCGAUGCAGGACGACGGCUCGCUCGGGGGGCAAGUCUCUAUCGACAUGGACACGCAGAGAUCCCCACAGGCACAACUCUUGGCAAAACAGGAGUCGUACAUACAGGAGCGAACAGAUGCUAUGAGUGCCAUUCAGUCGACCAUUGUGGAGCUGGGAUCCAUUUUCCAGCAGCUCGCCCACAUGGUCACUGAACAGGAGGAGACGAUACAACGAAUUGACUCGAGCAUAGAGGACACACAACUCAACGUGGAAGGCGCCCACACCGAGAUUCUCAAGUAUUUUCGCUCCGUUUCCUCCAACCGAUGGCUCAUGAUUAAGCUCUUCGCCAUCCUCAUCCUAAUUUUCAUCAUCGUCGCGAUGUUCUUGGGCUAGUGGGCGACCUCGCACGACUGUGUACUGCGAGCGGCGACUACGCGUCGGUGAAGAUAAAAAAAAAGAUUCGCCUCGGCGUCCAGGCGUACGGGAUGCUUCGUGGCACCACGUGCCUGUCUUUGCGAGUACCUGCGGACGAGCAAUAACGAAGCCACCAGCACAGACUUCUUCAUGCCUGCGAUGGCAGGACACGUACGCAAUCGGUCGCGUCUGUGUUGCCAAGCCCUCGACAACAAUGAACACAGAACUGCUUUUUGUGUUUAAGUUGCCCUUCCCCCACACCUCCGAUUAGGACGGUUGGCUAGGUACGGUGCGAAAGAAGUUCAGCCAACGUACAACAGUCCCAUGCAUCCACUUCGUGCCGCUCUCAACGGUUUUACGGAAGCAGGAUCGCGGAGGGCAGCUCACCAUGGAGGAUGAAAAAUCUCCAGCAGGUUUUUAGUUGUGCCACCAUUAUAUUUGUAAUGUUGAUGCCUACUCAAACUGCUGCACGUCUUGAUCAAUUGCACAGGAAGUACUAACCCUUUCUUAGCUCUUCUUGUCCAUUGAUGUGUUCCACAAUGCAAAGGUGGUGUUUGUUCAUGAUAUAAAAGAAUCAACAAGUUCGUUUUUUGCAAAAGAGCCCUAUUGUGGUUACACCUAUACAUUCAAGCUUUACGUCGGCACACCACAACAUCCAGGCUGGGCUGAGUAUCCACCGAUUAAAAAUACAUACGUCGUUAAUUACUGGUUUAAAUGUGAACUGAAUAGAAUCGAUUUUUGGAUUAUCAAGCUGUACUUACUGACUCGUGCAAAUGUUGCAAUAAAAGAUGAAGAUCAUG